AUGAUUAUGAUCUACUGUUGCGACAUUCGCCUGCGGUGGAAACUGUGUUGGGACUGCAUCCUACCAUGGGCCACCUGUCUGGGAUGGAAGACAACGAAACGGCUUCUGAUAAAUUCGGAACACGCACCUUGUCCCAGGUUUUCGUUUGGAUUUGGAUUAAAUGUGAAAAAGGACGUCGAUAAGUUUGGCCCGGUGAAACGCGAGCGUGAAGGAACACCCAAACAAGGUCCGAUAGCAAAACUCACAGCUGCGCUCGACAAUCCGUUGGGGAAAGCCUCCAUAGGCAAAUCUCCGCCGGAGUGUUGUCAAGGUCAAGGUCAAAGGGAGGAGCGUAAACCAUGGAUUUACGGUUUCACGAAUCAACACUCAGGGUCAAUACUUGCACCCAAGUUUCCCAGGUGGGUUUUGUUUUUGCCGUCUAACGGCUGCCGUUCACCUGAAAGGCGCAAGCAAGAGCGCUGCUCUUUAAGUUCUCAGCGAGCGGGAAGUAAGCUUGCCUGCUUGAGUACUCCCAUAAAGUGUUUAAAAUUGCUUGGAACUGGGUUCUGGAUGGAGCGUAGACAACCGUCGGAGGAAGGCUAUUCCACGCAGAAACUACCCAAAAUGAGAAAAAUUUUUGCUUCAUGA